AUGACCGACAAGGCCAACGUGGAAUUAACCGCACCAGUAGCGGGCGUGGUUAUGUCGCUGACCGGUGCAGUUGGCGAUAUUGUUGCUGUGGGUGCCGAGCUGAUUCGCUUUGAGGUUAGCGGCGAGGGUAAUAGUACAGACGAAGAACUACCAGCAGCUACUGAAAAACCGGUGGCUAAAGCAGAGGUUAAAGCAACGGUUGAGCCGAAACCUGAUGGCGAACGCAUCUGCUUAAUUGGUCGCAACGGUGCCGGAAAAUCAACGCUACUAAAAAUCAUUACUGGUCAGAUUCAGCCCGAUCAUGGAGAGGUUAUCCGUCUUCAGCAUUUACGGAUUAGUCAGUUGGAGCAAACACUCCCCGGAGGUAUUGAUCGCAAUGUUUGCGAUGUUGUGCGGGAAGGGCUGGCAGAUCAGCAGAGCUUAAUUGAGCAGUUCAAUGUGUUAUCAGCUCGUGAGCUAGAUAAGCAAGCUAUGAAAGAAUUAGAAAGCCUGCAAGCUCAGAUUGAAGCCGGUGGUGGUUGGCAGGUUGACCAACAGGUAAAUACCAUCGUCAGUCAAUUAGAACUGCCUGCGGAUAAAUCUUUGGCCGAGCUAUCUGGCGGCUGGCGGCGGCGCGUUGCGCUGGCUAAAGCAUUGGUAUCCAACCCAGAUUUAUUAUUGCUGGAUGAACCGACCAACCAUCUGGAUAUCAGCACUAUCGAAUGGCUGGAGCACAAAAUUCGCGGUUACAAAGGCAGUGUUAUUUUUAUCACUCAUGACCGCAAUUUUUUGCAGAAGCUGGCCACCCGCAUUGUGGAAAUUGAUCGAGGCAAACUGGUAAGUUGGCCGGGAAACUAUCAGAACUAUCUGAAUUUAAAAGAAAAAGCCAACGAAGAGGAAGACACUCGCAACGCUUUGUUUGACAAAAGACUGGCUGAAGAAGAAACCUGGGUGCGUCAAGGAAUCAAAGCCCGGCGCACUCGCAAUGAAGGCAGGGUACGCUCGCUACAGGCCAUGCGUGAAGAAAGAGAACAGCGCAUUAAACGUCAAGGUAAAGCCAAAAUUAGUGUAGAAACCGCUGAGGCAUCCGGUCGCAAAGUUAUUGAGGCGCGCAGUCUCAAACACGGCUAUAACGGUGAAACUUUAAUCGACAACUUUAAAUUGAAAAUUAUGCGCGGUGACCGUAUCGGUUUGAUUGGCAAUAAUGGUGUUGGUAAAACUACAUUGCUGAAAAUUUUACUUGGCCAAAUUGAACCAGAUGAGGGCUCCAUCAAAAUGGGUACUAACCUGGAAAUUGGUUAUUACGAUCAAGUUCAGCGGGAAUUGAACCCAGAAAAAACCAUUGCCGAGAAUGUGUCUGAUGGUAAAGAUUACAUCAAAAUCAACGGUAAAGAUCGUCACAUUAUUGGCUAUUUACGCAAUUUUUUAUUUGAACCUCAACGUGCCAUGACGCCAGUUAAAGCCCUGUCGGGUGGCGAGUGCAACCGUGUAGCGUUAGCGAAAAUGUUUACCCGCCCCACCAAUUUGUUGAUUCUGGAUGAACCCACCAACGACCUCGAUGUGGAAAUGUUAGAGGUUCUCGAAGAGCAACUGGUGGAAUACGAUGGCAGCCUGAUUAUUGUUAGUCACGAUCGAGACUUUCUAGAUAACGUAGUUACCAGCGUGCUGGUUUUUGAAGAUGGCGGCAACAUUCAGGAAUACAUAGGUGGCUACAGCGAUUGGGCCAAACGCGGCAAGCAGCUGAAAAUUUCCGACACUCAAAAUCACCCGUCGGGACAUCUUGUCGAUCAAGAAAUGGUUGCAAAAACUAAGCGAAAAACCGGCGGCAAAAAACUCAGCUACAAACUACAAAGAGAACUAGAUAUGUUGCCGGAGCGGAUUGAAACACUGGAAUCUAAAAUUGCUGUUUUAGAAGAACAAGCCGCUGCGCCAGAUUUUUAUGACCAGCCCUACACAGAAACGCAGCUUCUAUUAGAUCAACUGUCCGAAAAACAGCACGCUUUGGAAGCCGCAACUGAGCGUUGGGUAGAGUUGGAAGAACUGCAAAGCUGA